CUUCUCUCUCACCUCCCCCCUCCCACUCCGAGACCUCUCUCUCUCCUCUCUUUCGGCGCCUGAACGGAAGCCGACCAACGGCGACCACCUCAGCAAUCACCCGCGAUCCCACGCCCCCCACCUGACACACCCGCGCGCGCCUUCCGUGCCCCGAGGCCGCACCAAAUCCCAGCCCUGCCCCCGCCGCCCCGCCAUCCCCACGGGGGCAGGCCCGUCAUUUCCUGCCGCCACCGUGUGCCGUCCGGUCUCCGGACCCCGGUGGGCUGUCGCCUGCGCUACGCUGCUGCGCUGCAGGCCGCGUCUUUGUCCCACCCACCCACCCGCGUCCGUCUCCGAACCCAAACCCGACCGACCUCGCUUUCGCCGGUUACCCGGUCAAACGCAUCCAACGGCGGCACGUCUCCGAUCCGGUCACCACGAUGCCUGCCCCCGCCGGUCAGGUCACCCGCCGCGUCACGUGCGACGCGCGUACCGUCCUCGGCCGGCGCCCCACCUCUUCCUCGCCGUGUCCUUUUAUCCCCCCCCCGGUCCCCCGCCCCGCGCACCUCGCCCCACCUCACCGUCCCCCAAUUCACGCCACCACGACUUCCGUGCUCGUCGUCUCCUAGGGUUCGGUGCGAGAUCUGAUUCCGAGCGGAGGAGGAGAUGGAGUUGGCUGCGGCGGCCGCAGCUGCGGCGGGGGGAGGUGGGGGCAAGCUGCCGCCGCCCAACCCCAAUCUGCCCUACAGGGAGGACUGUUGGAGCGACGGCGAGACGGCGGCGCUCGUGACCGCCUGGGGCAGCCGCUACAUCGAGCUCAACCGCGGCAACCUGCGCCAGAAGCAGUGGCAGGAGGUGGCCGACGCGGUCAACUCGCGCCGCGGGGCCUUCGCGCGCCGCCGCCCGCCGCGCACCGACGUGCAGUGCAAGAACCGCGUCGACACCCUCAAGAAGAAGUACAAGGCCGAGCGCGCCCGUAACGCGCCCUCCGCAUGGUCCUUCUUCCACGAGCUCGACCGCCUCGUCGGACCCACCCUCAGCACCUCCGCCUCGAAGAGGCCCUCGCCGUCGCUGGCUCCUCAAUUGGCCAUGCCCUUCCAUCCCCCCGCCGUGAGGAAGCCCCCGUCGCCUUCACCGUCCCCGCCUCCGCCUAUGGCUCUGCCGCUGCCCAACUACCGCCGCGGGUCUCCACUCCCUGCUGCUGCCUUCAUCCAGAAAGAAGCUGCGGCUGCGGCAGCUGCUGUGUCUGAUUCGGAGGACUCUGAUGAUGCGGGUGGCAACAAUAAUAACAGCUCGCAGCAAUCGCUGUCGCGCUCCGUGUCAUCGCUCUCUGGCAAUAACAAGAAGCGUAGCAGACAUGAGGCUGGCAGUAGCGAUAGAGGUUUCAGGGAGCUAGCAAGGGCGAUCGAGGCUUUUGCGGAGAUGUAUGAGCGCGUGGAGAGUGCGAAGCAAAAGCAUGCGUUGGAGAUGGAGAGGCAGCGAAUCGGCUUCCUGAAGCAGCUGGAGGUGAAACGCAUGGAGAAUUUUGUUGACGCCCAUGUGAAGCUCGUGAGGGCAAAACGCACAAAGAAGGCAGCAGGGGCUGCUGCUCAUGGUGGUGGUGCAGUGGAGUUGGUUGCCACCGUUGCUGCGCUGCCUUUCGUCUCCACCUCCACCUUCCUCUGAUGUUGAGGAAGAGUUUAGGUCAUCGGUGACAGUCUCAUGCGAUGGCCUUCUCUCCAGCCUGUGCGGUGACCGUUUGGCAGGGAACAAUACUGUCCUUGGGAUAUUAUUUAGUCUGAGCUCGUAUUAUCAGGUUCGUUGCAGUUUGUAAUGUAGUAUAUGGAGAUUAAUUGAGGACUAGAAAUUCUUAGUGUAAAGCUAUGUUGACAUUGUUUUUCUUGUUAUUUACCUGUUUGUUUUAUUGACGAUGUACCUCUGAGCGUCUGGCCUAGUUUCAAAGAAUGUUGGCGAGAUUGACUUGAAUCAUGUGAUUUCGAGUAAAUUGAAGUUAAUUCGGUGAUA